AUGUCCGGGCGCGGUAAAACUGGUGGGAAAGGCCGUGCCAAAGCCAAGACCCGCUCGUCACGGGCUGGGUUGCAGUUCCCUGUGGGUCGUAUCCACCGCCUCCUUCGGAAAGGGCACUAUGCUGAACGAGUGGGGGCCGGAGCCCCGGUCUAUUUAGCGGCCGUGCUCGAGUAUCUGACGGCCGAGAUCCUGGAGCUGGCGGGCAACGCGGCCCGCGACAACAAGAAGACCAGGAUCAUCCCCCGCCACCUGCAGCUCGCCGUCCGCAACGACGAGGAGCUCAACAAGCUGCUGGGUGGGGUCACCAUCGCCCAGGGCGGCGUCCUGCCCAACAUCCAGGCUGUGCUGCUGCCCAAGAAAACGGGCCAAACUAGCAAAAUAUACACGUAGAUGGCCGGAUCAAAACCAAGUGUCUUGCUUCUUAAACUGCUUCUUAAACGGCUUCAACCUUCAAUUUCUCAGGGACUAAGUAAAGCUGAAAAUGUGCGCCCAUAGA